AUAAACUGAUUGACCUCUCAAGUUUAAAGAUGUGUUAAGAGAAUCAAUGCACAUUCUGCUGCAUCAUUUGAGGUAACUAUGGGGAUACAGAAAUCACCUGAUACAUCAACUCUCUUUCCUUUCAGCUUCCAGCAAUAUCCUUAAAAAGCAUCAGCCUUUUGUGAUCCGAGUAUUCCAAUCUAAAAACUGAAAUGUUGUAUGAUCAACAAAUCCAUGUGUUACUGUCAUCUGAGUUGCUUACUAUUUUUUUAUUUUCUUGAAAAGUCAGCAAUCUGGUGGCAUAUGCCUUUCAUUUAUAUAAAAAUGAAUUUUCUGCACUCCAACCAUCAGUGAUGAACGAAGAAAACAGAAAUGAGCAUUAAUAUCUCCUUCCCACAUUAAUAUAAGAUCCUUUGUAAUUUGGUUUGAUUCAUCUCAUGAGUUUGGCUUUUGCACAGAUUCUUCUCAACUUCUUGUUCCCUUUUGACGUCUUCUUUUCUUAACCCCUAUUUGUUCCCUAUUUCAAUCUUUCUUCUUUUCCGUUUGCUGCCUUUCAGAAACCAUUUGGAUUAACUCGCCUUCAUCAGACUUAUUUCUCCAACGCCUCAUUUUCUGAACCAAUCUCUCGGUUAAAGUAACAUUCUUUCAAAAAGAUUCUCCAACAACAAAAUGUAUCGCCGUCUCCUUGGACAACUUCGUUCUGCCGUGCACCAUGUAAAUUUUAUAGUGGAAGAUGUACCUCCUGCUUCCCAGGACCAUGUUAUGUUAAAGGUACUGAGGUUUCACCUAAGGAAUCUCAAAAUGUUUGUUCUCUCCACCCAAAAGUUGGAAAAUGAUGCAAGUGUGGAAUCUUUCUUGGUCAAGAUGGAAGAAGCUGCUCUCAGAAUAGCAAAGUUGGCAUGCUGUGUCCGCGUUGUUCAUGGUAAGGGUUCACUAAUUUUUAGCGGUCCCCUUCCCGCCGUGGAUUAUGAAGAAGACCUUAAUCAUUUUGAGGAACAAGCUGCUGAAUUGUAUGUCACUCUCUUGGAUACAACACGGGAAUCAAGGUCCCUCUCGGCAGAUCAGGUCUUCGAAAUCAUCAACUCAGCUCAGGAGAAUCUACUGGAAUUCAGGAAUUCAGGAGGGGAAUAUUUUAUCCCUAGUGUUAUUAAAGUUGCAAUCGAAGCCUCGGGAUGGCAGAUGGCAUUCUUGGAUAGCCUCAUGCGCUUUGCCCUGAGGACAAGUUUUGAACUCAAAGAGGAUUUCUUGGCUCAUGUUGAAACUGCUGCUAUCUAUGCUGCAUAUCUUCUUUGUAAGGGUGAAAUCUUGGGAACACUUCAAUAUGAGAAAAGUGUUGAAGAAGAAGUGGUUUUCAAGAUUUCAACAUUGAUCCAGAAGCUGAAGCCAAUCAAUCCUCAGGUCUACAACACAUACUCUGAAGCACUGAGUAGCUUAAAGUCCGCGGCAUUAUUACCAGCUCCUACUGAUCAAGGCAUGGAUGAUGGAGUCUUUAAUGCAAUAAAGAAUCUCCUUCAUUCUCUCAUGUCUAUUCUUCAGGAGGCGCUAGAACUCAAUAAUCAUGCGCUGAUCCCUGCAAAAGAUAAACUGCAAGAGCUAUAUGAAGGACUGCAAGAGCUAUAUGAAGGACUCAGAUCCUUGACAACAAAACUUGUUCUCAAGCAGCAGCAGCCAGACAAAUUUGAGGUGAAAAUGAAGGAGCACAUUGGACCUGUGGUAUGUGAUGCCGGAGUUCUCAUUUUCUCAUUGUACCAGAAACAUGAGCAACUAGACCUUGGGCUUCUUCAAGCUUUGUUAGAAGCAAUCAAGACUAACCUGGCAGAACUCCAGGAGAAAUAUCCACUAGUUCCAGCAUGUAACCUUCGGAACUCUACUCAGUUGGCUUUUGCCGACUUUGUAUUGGAGAAACUGACAGAGCUGGCGAGUGGCAACAUCAAACCAAUUGCUAAGGCUUAUGCUCAAAGUUUCCAAGAGAAGCUCAUCCCCUUGAGAUCUUUCUUAGGUGAGAUUAAGGAGUUGCGCCAUGAUCACGAGGAACUCCAUGCUCUUUGGGAUCGUAUUUUGGAGGUGUUAUAUGCGGUGGAGGACAUCAUCGACAACUUACUGGUUAGCGAUUUUCCAGAUUCUGUUUCAGCAUUAAUUAAUAUUAUCUUGGAAGAGGUUAGUGACAUUCAGUCGAAAAUCAAAGUCAGGAGACCAGAAAUAAAUCUGAGGGAAGUAAAUCUGACUCUGGAUCAGGUGCAAUCAACAACUCCCUCAGUGACGAAGGAGACUGUAGGCUUUGAUGAUCAUGCACUCUUAAUCAUUAACCAACUCAACAGGAGAUCAGAAAAAUUGCGGAUUGUGACCAUUGUGGGCAUGCCUGGACUAGGCAAGACCACUUUAGCUGAAAAGGUUUACGAUGAUUCUUCUGUCUCAACCCGUUUUCCUGUCAGGGCAUUCACAACUGUUUCACAUACAUGUGACAAAAAGAAAGUUCUGACUCACCUUUUAAAACAAGUUUUAAAACAAGUUUCUCCCAAAAAAGAUUCUGAGAUAAAUUCUGAUACAACAGCACGUGAUGUAGCAGAAAAGUUGUGGCGCAGCUUGAGAGGAAGAAAAUAUCUCAUUGUUCUGGAUAACAUAUGGGAAGCUGAAUCGUGGGAUAGCCUGAAAGAAGCAUUCCCUGAUGACCAUAAGGCGAGCAGAAUUUUGUUUACAAGUCGCUAUCAUGAUGCAGCUCCUCCGGAUAUGCUCGAUGAACAACCAUAUGAACUUAGACCAUUUACCAAAACAGAGAGCCUGGCUUUACUACAAAGGUUGUUGUUUGGUGGAAAUAAUUUGCCUACUACUGAGUUAACUGCUCUGGGGUUACAAAUUGCUGAAAUUUGCGGUGGGUUACCCCUCACCAUUGUCAUAGUAGCUGGAGUUUUAGAAUCCAAAAGGCCAGAGGAGUGGAAGAAAAUCCUGGAUAGUUUGAGCUCAGGCAAAUUAUCAGAACGCUGUAGAGACACACUUGAACUCAGUUACAGAAAUCUACCUGAGUAUCUGAAGCCAUGCUUUUUGUAUUGUGCGCUACUUCAAGAAAAUGGUCAGGUCUCAGUCAGGAGGUUGCUUCAUUUAUGGAUGGCUGAAGGAUUUGUUCGAAAAGUUGAGAUGAGACGCCUGUCAGAUGUUGCUGAAGAGUAUUUGAAUGGUUUAUUAGGGAGAAGUUUACUCAUGGUUGCCGAACAAAGAACAAAUGGCAAAGUGAGAUCAUGCCGCUUUCAUGACCUGGUUCAUGAAUUUUGUUUGCAGAAAGCCAAAGAUGAACAGUUUUUCUAUUCUACAGGCAGAAGGAAUAGUGAGAUGUCAACAACAGUCAAUGAGCCACACAAUCUACGGAGGCUAUGGAUCCACUCUGAUGCAAAGCAUUUCAUGGAAGCGAAUGUACAUUAUUGUUCAGGAGUUCGUUCUGUGCAUUUCAAUCCUGAUGAAGAAUUCAUUGCCAGAGACAUUACAUUGGUGAUCAGCAUCUGCAAACUUCUACGAGUGUUGGAUUUGGAACACAUUUGUUUAAAUGAGAUUCCACGAGAAAUAGGGCAGAUUGUUCAGUUGGUAUACCUAGCAAUUGGAGGCUGCCAGGGGAAAAUCCCAGCGUCAAUAGAGCACCUGAACUAUCUGAGUUGGAUAGAAUUUCUGGGGUCAUUUUGCCUCAUGACUGGAGAAUGCAAGAGGCGAUGAAAAAGUUUCCAAAUAUCCGUAAAUUGAAGUGCAAAUUUCAGGGAUUUGAUGACUGUAGAGAAAAUCUUGUGGAGAUUGUAGUUCCUGACUUUUUGAAGCAACUAGAAUCACUUCAUAUGGCAAUAGAUCAACUUAAAGAGCCUGAAGGAAUCAUGUUUGAGUUUGGUUUGCCCUCAAAUCUGAAGAAAUUAGCAUUGACAGACUUUCUUUUAUCUGGGAAGGCUCUUUCAAUCAUUGGAAAACUUCCAAUCCUAGAAGUCCUCAAACUAAACAUGGUACGGUUCGAAGGGGGUACAUGGAGAAUGGAAGAAAAGGAAUUCCCCAACCUUAGAUUCUUGAGAUUGGAUUCACAGGACCUCCGUUGGUGGAGUGCUUCUGAAUCUGACGAUCAGUUUGGGUGUCUUGAGACGUUGGAAAUACAGUCAUGUGACCAAUUGAUGGAGUUGCCUUCAUGUCUAGGAACCAUUUUGAUGCUUCAAACGGUGGAAGUCAUCGAUUGUCCUGGAACUGUUGUAGAGUUGGUGAAAGGGAUUGAGCAAGAACAGGUGGACAACGGUAAUGUAAAACUGAAGAUCAUUAUAGGAACAUCGGAUUCUGAUCUGAUUUCUUGGUUGGAAAAUUCAGUUGAGUGAGACCUUUUUUGUAUUUGUUCUGUGUUUUUGGAUUGAUUUUGACACUCUUUUGUAACCUUGUUGAAAAACUGUCAUUAACAAGAAUCCAUCUCAUGGUUCACUUAUUUUUGGAGAUAAUUUUCUUUCACGAAGUUAAUAAGAUUCUACUCCAUUUGUCCCGAAAUCAUAGUCCAUUUUUUUUUCAUGCGGUUAAUAAGAAUCUCCUAUUCUAUCCCAAAAUAUUAUCCUAUUGGUAGUAUGAUGGAGUAUAUGUAUGCAAAUCUGUUAAGAUUGAUACAGUGUACUCGAGAGCUAACUAUAAUUCAGUUUAAUACCAUGAUCCAGUCCAUGAUUGAUGCUGCAGUUUUCCUCCCUACCAUUCUCGAGUUCAUGAAUAUGAGCAAGUUACAAUCAUCAUCAUGAAUAAGCAUGCAUAAGUAGAGAUUAUUUGGUAUAAUUAUCUUGUGGAACCAGAUAUAUUUUCACUUCCUUAGAUAUGUUCCAUGAAUCUGUACAAGCCUCAAGUCUAAACACAAUUUGAUAAUACAAUGUCAAAUUUAAAAUGCCAAGUGCCUCGCCUUAAUCUGAUUUGAUCUUCGCAAACCAAAUAUGUGAAAGCACUGACAAAUUUUCAAACUGUGAUUUCCGAGUCUUACAAAAAAAGGUAUGUACGACUUUGGCAGUUGUGUGUAAAUAAUGCUGAGAAUUGAAACUUACAGGGAGGAAGGGAAGACCUUAAUUGUGAACAAGUCACAACUAAACAAAGAAGAAUUUGAUCCAGUUCGUCAAUUCCAAAACAAAUUGCCUACAAAACAAGGAAAAACAAACUAUACAAAAGGCAGGAGACUCACCUUGGAUCAGGUGUUGUUUCAGAGAAGUUGUUUUCGCAGAUUUGCCUAAAACCAAAACACUCUUCAUAGAAUGGCUUAUUUGGAAAGAGAGGCUCUUAACAAAGGACAGGUUGGCAUGUAUGUUCAUCACAGGGGUAGACCCCCUGUGUGCAUGGUGCAAAUCUGUCCCAGAGGGCCACAACCUCUUUUUUUAAUGUCAAAUGUCUUCCGAAAUCUUUAUGAGAAUACAGAGCUGGAUGGGAGUAAAUGUCCCCCUGCAAUGGACUGCUUGGAGGAGAAGGGCCAUGUUUG